AUGCUUCUCCCCCCACCUCAUGUGGUCGCCGGUCACGAUUUUAGCACGUUUCAGAACCUCCGGGGUGAUGAAGCAGCCAGUCAGAGCCCGCAUUCUUGUGUCCCUGAGCCGCAGGGGUCCUCGGAUGAGAUCCGCCCCUCUCUAUCCCAACAGGCCAAUGAGAAGACGUAUUUAGUGCCUCCCGCAACGUCUUCUACUCCUUUCGGCGCUCUUACUCUCAUCUCUGGCCUCCCAUUGGGCAUCUUGGUUACCGCACCUCCAUCGCACCUCCAUCUCGUUCCUCCCGGACCUUCUCCCGAAGACGGUCAUCACUUCCUUUCUCUAAAAUCUGAAAGCGCGUUCCUCCUCCUCUCGGCUGUCAGUGUCACGAGUGUCAACUCAUGA